GGGGUUUGGGGUGCAUCGGACGAAGACAUGGCAGGUGUUGUAGGUGUAUGUAACGAUAAGGAAUGUUAACGUCUAGGAACCGGCUUAUUGGGACUACCAUGUGUGCUUGUGAUAGAGUGGUAAGAGAACGCAGGAUCAUUUGCUAGCGCGAAGUUUGGAUAUCGUGUCUAGCGUCCAGACCUGAUGCGAGGGUUCUUCAAUUACCUUGAUGAUGGGCAUAUUCUCACUCCUGCUCACGCUCGAUACCUUUAUAAAGGUAUCACAUCACACUCUUACUCUUGCACAUACCUUGCCUUUACAAGAGCCACACAUCACACUCUCACUCCUGUUCGCGCUCGAUACCUUUAUAAGGGUAUCACAUCACCCUCACACUCUUGUUCACGCCUGUCUCAAGGGUAUCACUUCACAACCGCACAACGAACAACCUGAGCAAGCACGCCUAUAAUCCACGCACACUCGCCGGCCUGCCAAUACAGAUAUGCCCGAAUCACAAGAUCGCGUAAAGCGAGAUCCGCCGCCUCCAAUUGGGCACGCGAGCGCGGACGGCAUGGUCCUCGUACAAGUAGGCCCCGACAAGAUUACGCACCACGUUCACAAGACCCUGCUUGUCUACCACUCCGAGUACUUCGCCAAAGCCCUCAAUGGUCCUUGGGCCGAGGCAGUGCACCGAGUGGUGACCAUCGAAGAUGUGGAGACAGACGCAUUCAAUAUCUUCGUACACUGGCUCUACACUCGACAGGUGCCUCAAUCUUACGAAGCUCUCAGACACCUCGUCAAUGGGUCCACUUCGUCGGAUCCAAUCGAUAGAAUCCUAGUACUCCUGAAGGCCCAUCAUUUGGGCGACAGGAUCAUUGCCACUGCUUUCCGCUGCGAGAUCAAAGAUCGUCUGGUCCAGUCGCUCCUGCAAGCUCUUUUGAGCCCUGCAACAAUCUUGCCAGCAGUUGCUUUUGCGUUUGCAAACAUCUACGACAGUAACAUUCAUGACAUCCUUGUCGCAAGGUUUUGCGAUGACUUUAACGCCAUGAAAUCACAAUUCGAGGACGACGUGGCGUUGGUACAGUUUCCACCUACAUUCACUGCGCUGGUCAUCAAGCAGUACUCCGAAAGGAUGCCUAAUGACUUAGUCUAGACAUAUGGAGGGACAGGAGACGUCCUGUGGCAAGGUCUACAUGGUUUUUGAUGAUGCUUUGGAAGGCUGUAAUCAUUGGAUGACCCUGUCUCCGACGAGAGCGCCUGACUUCCGAUUCAAGGUCCAUUUGAGCAUUUCAAUCAAAGCUUUCACUUCGUCCUUUUGAAUACAACAGAUUUGUGCACACGAUGCAGUUGAAGUUUAGACGAGCUCACACACUAGCUCCCCUCCAAAUCUGGGACGCCAGGGUCCAGCCGCAGUCAAAGACCCACCAAAACGCUCUUUAGUCCGUCUUAGU